UAACGACGAUCGAAACAACAAAACACUAGGAAGUACUGCAAGAUUGUGGAGAUUCAUAUGAAGAUUUUCUACACUUCACUUGACAGUCCGCUUUUCAUUCUUGGUGAAUGAGGGCAUGCGGCAUGGGUGGACACAUAGUAGAUGAUCGUGCGCGAGGAACACCCGGAACCGUUGAUUUCCUCAGAUGAUAGCUUAGCACCUCUCAGUGUGUGUAACUGUCAAAAUAAUUGAACUCUUUAACUCACUGUGUGUAGAUUCAACUUGUGCAGAACUCCCCUUAAGUGAUGGCUCUUUGAGGGGGUUUUAACGUUCAUGUUUGCGUUCAAACUUCUUCUCACAAACUGCAACUCUUCCGGUUAUUUGCAGUAGUUCCCAGAAAAGUCUGUCGUGGUCUCCUUGUGAGAGGCUGUCAUCAUGGCAUCAGCCAAGCUGAAGUACCUCUCUCUGGGGAUUCUGGUCUUCCAGACCACAUCCCUGGUGCUCACCAUGCGUUACUCGCGCACCUUGCAGGGUGAUGGACCCCGUUACCUGGCCUCGUCUGCUGUGGUGGUGGCAGAGUUCCUUAAGAUCCUCAGCUGUGUGGGGCUCGUCUUCAAAGAUCAUAGUUACAGCGCCCGAGCGCUGAGCAGUAUUUUGAGACAGGAGAUUCUACACAAGCCUAUAGAGACUCUGAAGCUGGCGAUUCCUUCAGGGAUCUACACGCUACAAAAUAACCUUCUCUAUGUGGCACUCUCCAACCUUGAUGCGGCUACCUACCAGGUGACAUACCAGUUGAAAAUCCUGACCACAGCACUGUUUUCGGUUUCUAUGCUGGGCCGCAGGCUCGGGGUGUACCAGUGGUUGUCUCUGCUAAUUCUUAUGGCCGGCAUUGCACUUGUACAAUGGCCUGCAGACUCCCCGUCAGACCCUCAGAAAGAACAGCUGACUGCAGGCUCACAGUUUGUAGGGCUGGUGGCCGUGUUGGUAGCCUGUUGUUCUAGCGGGUUUGCUGGUGUCUACUUUGAGAAGAUCCUUAAAGAGUCUAAGCAGAGUGUUUGGGUCCGAAACAUCCAGCUUGGCAUGUUUGGCCUGGUUUUUGGGAUCUUCGGGAUGUUGGCCUAUGAUGGUGACCGAGUCCAAGAACACGGAAUGUUUCAGGGCUACAACACGCUGACUUGGAUUGUGGUUGCCCUCCAGGCUCUUGGAGGGCUUGUGAUAGCUGCUGUCAUCAAGUAUGCUGACAACAUACUGAAGGGCUUUGCUACAUCGCUCUCAAUUAUCCUCUCCACAUUUAUUUCAUAUUUCUGGCUUGAGGAUUUUGAGCCUACCAGUGUGUUCUUCUUAGGCACAGUAUUGGUCAUAAUGGCAACGUUUCUCUAUGGUUAUGAGAGCAAGCCGGCACCCAACCCAAGCAGGGCAUGAAAAGGGGAUGGACGAGGUGAAAGUGGAAUGGAACAAAAGGAUGAAAUGAGUGGAAGGACAGAGAAGAGCAGAGGAGGCGUAGAGAGCGGGAAAAAGGAUUGAUACAAGGUUUGAUAACAGGCUGGGCCACUGCUGUGCAGUGCUGAGCUGAAGCACACUGGGAGAAAUGCUCUGGGUCUCUGGUUUCAGUGAAAAUCACAUUUUACGUGAAGAACAUUAAUCGGCGCUGAUCACAUUAAUGGGUGAUGGAUUAAAAACACUUCAUAACGUGCCAUUUUUAAACGGCGCAAAACUCGUUUGGCUUUUCUUGGCCAUUUAUUAUGCGUUCAUCUUCGAGGAGCAGUGGCUGCUUUUGAUUCGCAACAGUGGCCUGCAGCAAUUUGCCACAAAUUAAACUUGAAUCUCGCAGAAAUUGAGUCUCUGCAAUGGAUGUUGCUAAGGGGGUCGUUGCAUCACUGUAUUUUUGUGUCAAUAUUAACUGUUUAAAUCCUUAAAAAAAAUAUUUUAAUGAUAUUUUAAUUGACUGAGUUGCUGGGUUAGUUUCCGUGCUGUAGAAAUUGAGGGAAUAAGGGAUGUUUUGUGAAUAGAAUGUAAACUUUUGAUAUUAUUAUAAUGAAAAUAAUUAUACUUAAGAUGGUGCCAGCCGGUCAGUUUGUGGGAUGUUGUGAUUAUUUUACAGUUUACCUCUGUCACCAGGCAACAAAGAAUACUUGAGUUACUCCGCCAUAUAUGCAAGGAAAUGCUUUUUUUUUAGUGACUUUGCACUAUGUGUGAAGCUAUAUUAGUAUCUGGUGAGGAGAAAUAAUAAAUCAGGUGUAUAAUUAUCUUUUCUUUUCUUUUUUUUUUUUUUUUUUUUCAAACAGUA